CCUGGUGGACGUGGUGGAGGGUUCGGCGCGUCUGGGGAGGGCUGCGGGCUGCGAGGCUGAGCACGGUAAGGGCGGGUCCACAGCCCCAGCCGGCCGAGUUCCUGGAUGCCCUCCAGCGACGGUUAGGUGCCUAGGCGGGAGAUGGGGAAGCUUUCUAGGAAUCAGUGCUCGGGACAAUAACCUUUCCUGAGUGCUUCCUCUGUGCCCCGCAUGCUGUCGUUCGCUUCCGUGCAGUUGCAUCCGACACAGGAAAUUUUGUGAAAUCGACGCUAUCAUCAUUUUCAUGUUACAGACAGAAGCGCUGGGUGUCAGGCUCACAAAGCGAGCAGGUUAUCCCGCCUGGAUGGUCUGCCGCUGAAGUCCAGUUUACCAUCGAGAUAAGGAGUGAUAGGAUCACAGUGUACAUCUGGGAUGACUAGCUGUGGGUGGCUCCCCCUUGACACACGUACACAAAGAAAUACUGGAAUCUGAGACUUCAGGCCCCAGAGAAAUUGCACACGGCCAGAAGGGGGCGAUGGCUGUGGCCCUGGGUUGUGCAAUCCAGGCUUCCUUGAAUCAGGGCUCUGUGUUUCAAGACUAUGACGCGGACUGUGAAGUCUUCCGCCAGCGCUUCAGGCAGUUCCAGUACAAAGAAGCAGCCGGGCCUCAUGAAGCCUUCAACAAACUCUGGGAGCUUUGCUGUCAAUGGCUCAAGCCAAAGAUGCGCUCUAAGGAACAAAUCCUGGAGCUGUUGGUGUUGGAGCAGUUCCUAACCAUCCUGCCCACAGAGAUCGAGACCUGGGUGAGGGAACAUUGCCCAGAGAAUAGAGAAAGAGUUGUGUCGCUGAUAGAAGACUUACAGAGAGAACUUGAGAUUCCAGAUCAGCAGAUCGAUAGGCAGGAAAUGCUCUUGGAAGAACUGGCACCGGUGGGAACGGCACACGUACCACCAAACAUCCACCUGGAGUCACCCCCACUCCAAGUAAUGGGACCUGCCCCGGAGGGCCCAGUGGCAGAGCCUUGGAUCCCACAGGCAGGGCUGCAGGAGCUGAGCUAUGGUGCCGCUGAGGAGUGCCAGCCCUUCCUGGACCCCGGGUAUCCAAUACCAAAGCUGGACGUGAACUUUUCAUUGGAGCCUCGAGAAGAGGCAUGGGUGAAGGAACUACAAGAUUCCAAAGAAAUGAAACAGUUACUUGACUCCAAGAUAGGUUUUGAGAUGGGGAUAGAAAAUGAAGAAGAUUCUUCAAAACAGAAAAAACUGGAGAAUAUGUAUCCGUUUAUUGUUACUUUAGAGGGGAAUGCUCUCCAUGGGCCCAUUUUGCAAAAAGACUAUGUACAGUUGGAAAAUCAGUGGGAAAGUCCCCCGGAGGAUCUACAGACAGAUUUAACAAAACUGAUAGAUCAUCCGAACCCCUCUGCAGGAGAGAAACCUGAGAAUUCCAACUUAGAAGAGCCUCUCGACCCCAGACCCCAGAAGAAAAAGAGUCCAGGGGACAAACCUCACCGAUGCCCUCAGUGUGGAAAAUGCUUUGCGCGGAAGUCGCAGCUUACAGGGCACCAGAGAAUUCACUCUGGAGAGGAACCGCAUAAAUGCCCUGAGUGUGGAAAAAGAUUCCUCCGUAGUUCAGACCUUUAUAGACACCAACGGCUUCAUACCGGGGAGAGGCCCUACGAAUGCACUGUGUGUAAAAAGCGAUUCACUCGACGGUCGCACCUUAUAGGGCACCAGAGAACGCAUUCUGAAGAAGAAACCUACAAAUGUCUUGAGUGUGGGAAAAGCUUUUGUCACGGAUCGAGUCUCAAAAGACAUCUGAAAACUCAUUCGGGUGAAAAACCUCACAGAUGUCACAGUUGUGGGAAAAGUUUCAGUAGACUGACAGCUCUUACUUUGCAUCAGAGAACUCACACCGAAGAGAGACCUUUUAAAUGUAAUUACUGUGGGAAAAGCUUUAGACAGAGACCGAGCCUUGUUAUUCAUUUAAGAAUUCACACGGGGGAGAAGCCAUACAAGUGUAGUCACUGUUCUAAGAGCUUCAGGCAGAGGGCAGGCCUUAUUAUGCACCAGGUCACUCACUUUAGAGGACUUCUUUAAGAAUCUUGAAGAGAACAGGUUCCCACAGAGAUUGACACUAACU